GACCUUGUUCAAAGGGCAUAACCUUAUUUUUUUUAUCGACUGAAAAAGGCUCCGUUUCGUGCGCGUGUCUUAUAAGACUGAAAUCAUUUUCGAGUACGCGGUAGUCGUGAUUAAGAGCACGUGAUCUUUUUCGGCCAAUAAGAAAUUACUUCAUUUUCUUCAUUUCGAGUGUAACGCAUGAGCAGUGAAAGUUCCCGAGUUUUCUGCGCGUGGUUUGGGCGUUUCACGAAGGUGUGAUCGCCGUUUGGAAAACGCUUCGUUUUAGUUUUGACCUCGCUUCCUAAGCCGAACUCGCCAACAUGUCGACACCGAAGGGAAACAAACCGCUCAUCGAAGGGAGAGCUAGGCGAUAUAGUGCUCCUUCGAGAGGCAGAGCAGUUCGAAGGCCAGAAGAUGUUGUUCGCGACGUUCGUGGUUUGAAGCUUCGACAGCGUGUUUCUCUUGUAUUGAACGACAAGGUUCUUCGUGACGAGCUUGAAGGCCUUGUUCAAAACUACGUACAGAAUGGUCCUAAGGAUGGCGGAGAAGGCAUUCGAACGUAUCAGGAUUUUCUUAUUCCCUCUGGUACUUACUAUGGAGGGGGAAUGUCUACCGUUGUCACUCCAAUAGCAGACAUCAGAGGCUCCGAAACCCUGAAUUAUUCCAAGCAAGAAAGGUUAUUGCGCUGCAAGCUGGCCUCCACGUACCGUCUUGUCGACCUUUUUGGUUGGCAUAAGGGCAUUUACGGCUUCAUAACCGUGAGUAUUCGAAAAUUUGUCCACUUCUUGAAGUGGAACUAGAGUACAAUGUGUUUGUUUUGUGUGUUAGCCUCGCGCGCGGAUGCACUGUCACAAUGGCUUAUUUUCAAUGGCUUACUACAUAAUACAACGUGACGAUUUUGAUUUCCCCUGCAAUUUCGAAUAGUUUAUGCCAGGGUCUUUUAAUGCCAUGGAAAACUAUACCUUUACUCUUCUAGUUUACUCAAAUUAAUUGACUAUUGACCGCAGCAGAGAAAUGUUUCAUCCUGAAAAAGUUAUCCGUCUACAGCUUGUCUGUGACAGUAACAAUACCCUGUCGAUUUCUGUUCAUUCCAGGUUCGCCCGUCGACGGAUCAGGAAAGCUUCUUGAUCCAUCCCUUUGGAUUAUUGUACAGCGAAGUGACCGCAUCCAGUUUGCAAAAAAUAAAUCCCGAUGGCAGCGUCGUUGAUCAAGGCAGUACAAAUCUUGGUGUGAACAAAGCUGGUAUUUUAUUACAUUCUGCGAUCCACGGAGCAAGAAAGGAUGCCAGGGCCAUCAUCCAUUUGCACCAAGAUGAUGUUGUUGCUGUAAGUUUAAAUCCAUAGCUUUGAAAGUCAGGAUUUCUUCCCGUAUAGCAGUGUAACGAUUUCUUUCUCUGAUUAUGAAGGUCAAGAGAUAAAUAAUUUCGAGGCGUUAAGUUAUCAUACAGGAAGAUGCAUUUUCCUAGUUCACGCGAAAGUUAGCACUUACCUCUUGGGAGUGAGUUUCUUCUAACUGAGUUAAAAUCAGCGCUCGCUUAGUUUUACUUUCGCGUGACUUUUUGUCAUUUCAUCUGCAGGGGUCUACGACAAUUCAGCGGUUUGAAAAUGGGUGACAGCCGAAUUUACCCUCGCAAACGCACAUAUAAAUUUGGCCAGUAUUAGUUUAAAGGAAUUUUAAAAUACUCCAUUUUCUCGCUCUUGAAAACGUCGCGUUCCCAAAUUGACAGGGUUUUAUUUACCGAUCAGGAACAAUGUCGUAUAGGUGUAAAAACGAAAUGUAUGAGAGUUUCGUGGAAGAAAACCCUGCUUGUUUCAAACAAACGUUCUUUUCACACACGUCGGAUAUUUGUUUGUUUUCGUACUCCCCUAAAGUAUUGGAUCGAAUUUCAUUCUUUUCGAUGCAAAAACUCAUUCCCGCUUUCAAAAGCACAUCUCGAUUCUAGGCGGACAAAAAAAUUGUCGUUUGAAAGAUUUAGUCGGCUUCAUAAAAAUAAAAUUUUAAUGUCGACAAAGAAUACAGUUGAAUCGAUGCCUUGUUUGAAGGUCUUCUGCGGUUGAUUAUUCUGAUAAAUAAGGCAACUUAGCAAGCGGCAUUCCUGAUGUUAUAUUUCACGGUGAGGCUUGUAUCGGCUGAAGGAAAAGCGAUUGUUCAAAAUGCGGCCAGAUUAUUGACUAUUUCGCCCUUUUUCCCGGUGUUUAUGUGUGUGUGCAGUCUAUCACCUGCCAUCGACCAACCCUGGGUUCUUUGAUUUGAAUAAAUGUCCUUUCACAGUGUAUUUUCGGGUAAACUUACUCUGCAUAUUUAAUUUGAACGUUUAAAAUACCGUAGCUGGAGAGAGCUGCACAUGUAUCUCAUUUUAAAUGUUGCCACUUGGUUCCAGAGUCAAAUUAUUCUUUAUUGUUUACAUCGUAAAUUACUGAAUUUGUCGUUUUUAUCAGCGUACCUUUCCAGUAUUCUCGAAGCUUCCCCAAAAGGCUUCUCGUCUUAUACGAUUGACGUUUGUUUUGAUCUAAGAGUUGCGAUUAAAUGUUCAUUAUGCUAGGUUGUUUCAGUGGCGAUUAUGAUAAUUCCUUUUAAACAAGGUCAUCAAUACUAUGUACUCUGAAUAUAACCUGGUAAAAAUUCUUAGUGGGUUCAAAGUUUAGUUUAUUGAUAGUUGGCUUGAAGUCUUCACUCCGAAUGGUACACUUUUGAAUUUGCUCUUCAGAGGCUUUGCACAAGCUUUGUAAAAUUUUAGCUUCUUAUUUCCAUCCUGGUUACAGCAUAUCGAUCCUCACUUGUAUCCUGAUAAGCAUGCAUACAUUCUAUAUCUUCAAUUUUUUUUUUCUAGAUAUUCAGUUUUUUAUUGGUUGGUUACUUGAUGAUGGCAAGAUCUUUUUUCCUUUUUUUUCAAUGAUAUUCUAGCAAGUUUCUGGAAGGAGAUUCUUUUUGAAGUUUUUGUAUAUAUCAGUAUGAUUUUGAGCUAUGGAAUUUGCUAGAUCAAGAAAAGAUAGAGGCAAUGUGUAAUACUUGGAUGGUCUAAAUUUGAUACAUUCUAGGGUUUUCUUCCCAUGUCAGGGAGUUAUUUUUCAGUGGAUAAUGUCUUUUGUAAAAUGAUAUGGUGUUCACUAGUACAUGGUAGAUAUGUUUGCUUAUUAGUGUACAGACAUUAAUAUGCAAAAAUUGAACAAAGGAAAAUCAAAAUUGAAGGAUGGCUCUUACGUUGAUCUGGUCAGCGAGAAAGAAUCAAAUACAGUGAAUUUCCGCUAUUGCAGACACCUGUGAGGCUCCGCGAUUUAGGGGCCAUAACUAGCAAGAGUUUGUAAUGUAUAAGCGGGAGAUUUUUUCAUUCAAACCGCUAUUCAUUUUGCCAAGGAUUUUCCUGAAGUCGGCAGUUUAGUUUAGUUGAUAUUAUUUUUUCAGAUAACAAGAAUACAUAAACGUGGGAAAAACAUACGUUGUAAAAGCUUUCUGACGGGAGAUGACAACAUCAGGCAGAGGCCCCAAUUGAAUUUCAACUCUUACAAUGUUUAAAAUUGCAAAACAAACCCACAAAAAUUGGACCAGAAAAGAGUGUGUUCCAUACCAAGGCCUGUUUAUCUAUGGUGGCUGACAGAAACGUUUUGCUUGGUCUUAUAGUGAAUAUUAUGGGGUUUGUCCAUAAUGGCAACGUGUUACGGAGUCGAUGGUUAACAGUAAAAAGAAUCUGCCAAAACAUGUAGCAUUUUUUGUCAAACAAGAAUGAUCAGACUUGAAAGCAUAAAGUCGAGCUUGUGUGGAGAUUAGAAAAGAAAUAGGGAGGUGAUCAAAUCUAUACAAGACAGGAUUUGCUCGCUGAAAGUUUUUAAUGUCCCUCUUUAUCGACAGUCAAGUAUUCAGGAUAUUUACUUUUCAUGUCAUAUUUAACGAUUUGUUUCUGAAUUGAUUUUGUACGCGUGUUUAAAUACACGAAAGUCAAAGGCCUCGAUUUGAGAUAAAUUAUUACAUCAUUGCCAUGGAGAGCAUUAACAUGAUGAACGUUAUGUGUCAUUUCAAUCAUCGCUGAAAAUAAACUGACCAGUACUGUUAGUCUCAUAAUCAAAGUUUUGCACAUAAAGAUUCUUCUUUUUUUCAACCACUGAAGUAUUCACAUGUUCCAAAGUUAUCAAUACAUUCAAGUGAUAAAAUUCGUGGACCGACCCAUUCCAGAAAAGUUCAACAUUUCGCAUUAAUCAUUCUUUAGCUUUCUUCACAAAACACGCAUGGUGCUCUGAAUAUAUAUUGUUAGUCACGUCGCAAUGCUUAUCCCCAGUUUCCACAUUCUCCUUUAGGAAAGCCUGGGACCAUGAGCCCCCCUUUUAGUGAGCACACACAAAGAAAAGUAAAAGAAAUGCUCAGAGUUUUACACUCUCACUGCUAAGCAAGCUCGACUAAUCAAGACAGAUAGAAAUGGUAUUUUAACCAGGGUUAGCCAUGGUUUCCAUUAUUUUAGCACGUAUGUUUAAAACUGUGAAAGGUUUGAACCCAGGAGUCAUUUCAAAAGUAGGUUGAGUUUGAUCGUCCGGGUGAACGUAGUCCUGAAUAGGACUAUUGUUGUUGACAGUGACUGACGUUUCGACAACCUGUGCGGUAGUCAUCUUCAGAGUCAAAGUGAGUUGGAUCAUGUCAGUUCAUGGUAUUAUACUCUGGUUAUUGAUCUGAUUGGUGAAUUCAGACUAUAAUACCAUCAACUGACGUGAUACUACUCACUUUGACUCUGAAGAUGACUACCGCACAGGUAGAUUUGCUAGCAGACAACUUAUAGCAGUUAUGUGCUAGCAAAUUAAUAUCUGUAUGUUGCUUGAUGAUUUCUUAAAUUAACUGUAGGGUCUUAGCUAAUGUGAAGACGUAGUGAGUACAAGGUAUAAUAUUUGUCCUUCUCCCUCUCACCUCAGAUAAUAUUAGGGACUGAGUUAAUGCAACAGGACUGCAAAAAGAAGAGCUUAGCAAAACGCUUGUCACUGUGACGAAGAGAUAGGGCUAUUACUUGCAUGUUCUGUCAUGAUCUUCACUUAACAUUGAUGUUUUCUGGUCUUUCACAAAAACAUCUGUUGAACGGAAGGUGAAGUUUGAAGCAAAUUUGUUUCAAACAAAAUUAUUGUCACCCUUGUCACGCAAGGCUUGCCAUCUUCUUUACUCUUCCGUCCUGCUGCAUAAGUUCACUUUUGAUACCUCCAAGCCUAAAAAUACUGUUUCAAGUAAGUUUCAAUACGAGUCUGGUACAACCCCACACAAAAUAAUGCCACAGUGUGUGUGAGAAAAAAAAAACUUCAAAAAAAUAUUCAGCAACCUCAGAAACCACUUUUAAAGAAAUAUCUAAUAUUAUUAUAUUGAAACACUAAUGAGAUACCAGGUGAGCUUUCGCGCGAAAACAUCAUAUCUUCACACGUGAAAAUAACGUGUUGAUGUUAAUUUUUUCUGUUUUUCAAAUUUACUUUUCAGGUGUCAUCUAUGAAAUGUGGACUUCUACCAAUAACCCAGGAUGCCCUUUGUGUAAGAAAAUGUUAUGAUUCCUUUUAGCAUUUUAAAAGAUAGCAAGUGGUGUGACAUGGUCAUUUUGUUAUUUUAUUUAAGGUUGGCGAAGUAUCUUACCAUGAUUAUAGAGGCAUUUUUACAAAUGAUGAAGAAAAAGAGUCAAUAGUGAAGGAUUUGGGUGAAGAAAACAAGGUAUGUACUUUAAGCUCCUGAUAGGGGACCAAAAAAGAGUGUACAGGACCGCUCAAAAGCAAGUUACCACUUGCAUCUGGUUCCUGUGCAACACGAAUUGUAUAGAGCAAGAACAGUGAUUUUGUUACAAAAAGUUAUGGCGAGUCCUGGGACUAGCCCAGCAGUUCAAGCACAAUCAUUGACAAAAUUUUUGAGAUACUGUCAUGGAUGAACAUAUUGGAGAACAAAGUAAAUUGCACCCUUACAGUAAAAAAUUCAGGUGUUUCCUAGUAGUACAUGUACUUGUACACUUGUAGUUCAAUCAGUGCUACAACAUUGCUUGGAGGGGGCAGCUUUAUUUUUCCCUCUUGAAAUCAGUGAAAUGUCAGAAAGGCCCGUAAGAGCAAAGUGUCUCAGCCACUGUUAUGAAAAAAAGAAAAUUUGAAAUUUGCAAGGACUUGUGUGGAGGACCUGACUCAACUGUGGCUGGGUGGCACAAGUUGCUUUUCCGAUACAAAUCCUUUUAAUUUUUGGCAGCCGUUUGCAAUCACUAUUAUUGAGAUAUACAGGUGAAAAUUUACAUGUUACCUAUUUUGAUAUGCUCUUUCAGUUGCUGCUAACAGAAUUUUCCAAAAGCAAACUGUUUUCGUGUUUACAGGAAGUUGAUCACUUGAUCAACUACUGCUAUUAGUUUGUGGUUUUGUUGGGGUUCUAAUAUAACAAGCAUUUCUAAUAUUUCAGUAAGAGCUACAAGAACUUAUUAACUAAUGGAUACUUUUCUACUGCUCAGGUUAUGGUUCUGAGGAACCAUGGUAUUGUCAUUUGUGGAGAAACUAUAGAGGAAGCUUUGCUCAGUGCAAAUGAUGCAGUAAAGGCUUGCAAAUACCAGGUUACAUACAAUUCUUUCAUUUAAAAUAAAUUUUUGUGGCUAUUACGAAUUCUAUUCCAUAUAUUUGGGGAGGGCCAAGGGCACUUGUUUGAUACUUCGAGACUCACGAGUAGCACUUAUUUUAGUUAGCCUAUAUAAAAUACAGUGGAAGCCCUGUUUUCAGGACAGGAAAAAGGUGUCUGUUAUUGGAGCCGGCCUUUUACGAGAAUGAUUUUCAUAAGUGGCCACCAGAGAUAAGAGUUGAAUGGCCGCUUACAGGAGCUCAAAAAAUAAACGUUUGAAUUGCAAAAAAUUUUGCCUGUUAGUAUUUGGCUACACUGUUGCUCUGACAAUGCUGUAAUUCGGUCACAAGCAUAAAAUUCAAGUGGUUUUCUUGAAGGGUAACCUGACAUGUAUGUGAAAAGGAAAAACACUGAGAGAUAAAGUGAUUAUGACAAACAGUGGUAUGAAGUUGACUUAUUAUAAUACAAGAUUCAGGGGCGAAUGAGAUUUCAUUUUAGGUGUCCGCUUGCUGGAGUUCAAAAACAAAGCUAAAUUAGAUCUAACUCAAACCAUGAAAGUGUCCCAGGCCUCGUAUGGGAAUGUAAAAGUACAGAGUUUGUAUGGGAUUUGAAACAGGGUUUUGUGGAGGCAGUUAAAGUAGAGCUGUCUGCUCAUCAGUGUUUGUUAAGAGAGUUUUCAGUCCACUGUACAUCGAAAACAGCCAUAGUCAAGUUAGUACUUCCAGGGCAAUAAAAUAAAUAACAAAAAAUGGAGAAAAACAACUCUUGCUCAUAUCUAGUCUAUGUUAGAAGACUACAUGAUGGAAACUCAAACAGUUUUGUACUAUCGUUGUAGGUGAAAGCCGUGGCUGCAGGAAUUGACAAUCUGAUCAAGUGUGAUGAUUUUGCAAAAGAACAGGUUCAAGAAACCACUAAAGCAGGUGGAGGUGGAGUGGACUCCAGUGGUAUCAAAUGGAGAGUUGGAGAGUUAGAAUUUGAAGCAUGGAUGCGACUGUUAGAUUCUAUGGUAAGGCAAUGCGAGUCUAAGACCCAGCUCAGACGCCGAACAUUUCAUGAGCCGAACCUAAUUCAAAUUAAGGCCGACCCAAAUUAUUUAGACUGGCUGAAUUGAUUCAGACGCCAAUCUUAAUUGCAGCUGAACUACGUUCGAAAGACGAAAAAUGCUCAUUUCAAUCAAAAUGCGUUAUAAUAAUUUAUGCAUUAAGAUCGGUACAUGAAAAGUUCAGCAUCUGAAACAAAGCUGUUCCAAAAUCGCUCCAAAGGCGAAAUUCCCGCCCAGGCUAGGUGUGAAGAAAGGCUGAACAGCCAUUCCUAAUUGAUUCAGACGCCAAACCUUUCAUGUACUUAAUUCAAUGUAUUAGGUUCAGCUCAUGAAAAUUUCGGCAUCUGAACGAGGCUUAAGGGUUGAUUUUACAGUAAGUUGAACCGCUCCACAAUGGACACCUUGGGAACAGAAGAAAGUGGCCAUUGUAGAGAGGUUGAAAUGAGUCUCCCGGAGACUCAAGAUUUUAGAGUGAAUCUCCCGGUAUGAAAUUUUUCCCGCAUAAUCGCCCAAAGUUUGCCAUUUGUUCAGGAGACUAGACUUUUCAACUAGAAAAUUUCAACUAUUUUGUGUUGUUUGAGCUAUUUUGAUUAUAAUGUGAUUGGUGGGAAAUAAACCAUGCAAUCAGGUCAUAUGUUUUGCAAGUCAAAAACACCUUUUUCACAUGUUUUGUGUCCUCGCAAAUCCAUGACUAUCGGAGAGUAUUUUUAUGCCCAAUUGAUGUCACGUGCCGUGCAUCAUGAUGUCAUCUACCAUCCCUUCCCUGUCAGUUCUCAAUGAUAUUUGAAUACACGGGGGGUUGACAGUCUUGCUUCAUCUCAGUCAAUAAAAACGCAAAAAAACAACUUGGCCAGUAUCCAGCAAUGUUGACAUCACGCUUAGUCAAUAAUGCUUAUUGAAAGAUAUUCUUGAAAACCAUGAAUGUUAGUUGGUUAAUCACCAGUGAUCCUUGUCAGUGUGGUUUUCAUUUCCAUUUUCUUUCUUUCUUCCCUUCCUUCCUUCUUUUUCCUUCCUUUUUCUUUUGUGUUGUUUUGACAAUUCAGUGAAAAUCAUUAGUAUCAUACUAUGAUUAUUGAAAGAGUUUUCUUGUGAUUUUUUAGGGUUACAAGACAGGUUAUGUUUACAGAAAUCCUGAAGUCUUCCAUGGUGAAAAGCCAGCUGAAAGAGAAGUCACAACACCUUCAACAGUGUCAUCUACUCGUGCAAAAAUGUUUUACACUCCAGAGAUUGAAAGGCAGCCUGUCAGAAGAGCACAUUCCACAGGCCGUGCAAACACUUAUAGGAAUCGUGUUAAGUGGCUCAAUACCCCUGUCAAGUCAACAGAGUACAAAAAGGACAAGGAAAAGGUGGAGUUGGACAGUGAUGAGCCUGUUACAAUAAAGGAUUUGAUUCCAGAGAGGGCAGACAAAGACUUGGAGCAGGUACAGAAUGUGCUCAUAAACUAACCGUUUUCAGAGUAGGCCACUUUCAUAAAUUAUUCAUGUAGAGGCUUCCUUCAUUACAUUAGCCUGUGAGCAAGCUCUCUGGGGUGCUCUGGCAGCAGGGUGGGAAAAGGAAGGAGAGCUUGCAACUAGGUCUCUGGAAUUUGAAUUCCACCUCCAAUUCCCCUGUUGCUCCCUAUCGACUGAGCCGUCAGAUUUUUGGCCAAUCAGUGUGUUUGUAAAUGUGUUUGUGUUUGAUGUCAUUACUAAUGUCAUCUCCACUGAUCAGCAUUUUGCAUUUUGCAGAUAUUCAAAAUUGCAGCUGUAGUUGCAAGCUCUCCUUCCUUUUCCCACCCCACUGCCAGAGUGACUCGGAGUGCUUGCUCGCAACCUAUCAUUACAGUUAAAACAAUACCAUAAUGUUCCCCAGCUUAUAAGCCCCUUAUAACAACCCCCCCCCCCCCCACACCCACACACACACACACACACUUUCAUGUCUGUGGAUCAAAACCUUUAAUGGUAUGCCUGCAGAACUUGCUUAUAUUCAAUAUUUCAAAAAUGACAAAUGUUGUGCUGCUGAGCUUCAUUCAUUGCAUGCAUGGACUCAGUUGGGACAACCAUGGAGUAGAAGAGAGCAAGUAAGCUGCUUGGGCUUAAUUUUUAGAUAAAGAAAGUGCUUUUUUUCUUGUUUAGACCCCAGAAGUCGUCGUACAGUCAACAAAAGUCGUGGUCACUGAAUCUUCCCCAGAAAAAGGAAUCAAUGGUGAUGAGACUAAGGAGGUGAGGCAGGAAUAUCAUGAGUACACAGAGAAGCGAGUUGUGGUGACAACAGAGGUGAAUGGGGAAGCAGGUGAUGAAAAGAGCACUGAUCAUGAAGAUGGGGAUGAAGAUGGACCAGAUGGAGAGCUGCUGGCUCCCAGUUACGAUGAGCCAGGCAACCCAAAGAAAAAGGGUACCAAGGUGAAGAAGAAGAAGAGCUUUAAAGAUGCCUUGGUCAAGAAAUUCAGCAAGAAGGGUGAGCGCCCUGCAAAGUAUGUCAAAAAUGAAGGAGAGAAGGUCACGGAAACAGAGAAAGCAGAGUAAUGAAUGCCAACUGGUUUCAGAGUGGAAAGUUUUAGUUCAUGUCAGUGACUUGCAAUAUAACUCUUUAUCGGCCAGUUGAGCUUCUACAGUAAGAAGCAUCUGCUCGUUUUCAAAUGUAUAAAGUUGCAGAUCUUACAAAAGGGGGGCAUUGUCAGCUCCACAUUCUUGAGAAAUUAAGAAGCCAAGCUUUGUAAGUGUUUAUGAUGUGCUCCACGGGGCAUGAGUUUCCAAAUAAUACUAUGAGGCCUGCAAGAUAAAAAGCACAGGGAACAUUCUAUUAGUUAUUUUUGUUGACUUUAAAAAUGUGCAGAUACAUGUAAGACUGAAAAUGUAGUAUUCAACGCCUUUCAUCUGCCCUGAGAAAUUAAUCAUUGUUUGUGAAAGUUAACGAUCUUGUUUUUUAGAUUGUGUGGAAAUCAGUUGAGAGUAGAUAUUUGACAAAGUGUUAUGAAAAUGAUUCCCUCAUUUUAAAGUUAGAUAAUUUAAAGUACCUAUUUUUUUUAGAAUUUUGAUCAUUGUUAUGAAUCCUGGAGAUACAUGAGCAAAGUAACAGCACUUAGAAAAUUAUCUGUCUGCGAAGGUGGAUCAGCGGCCAUCUUUAUACAAUUCACUGUACCCAAUUGAGGCUGGGGGUAGGUGGCAAAUUGUCAGUACUAUAACAAGUGGAAAAGUAUGGGAGGCUUAAUGGAGAAAUACAUGUAGCGUUUGAUCUUGGAAAUGAAGGGAGCAACAUAUUAAUGCAUGUAUGACAUUGACAAUUACAAUAAAUAAUUAUAUUGUUAUUACUUCUUGAAUCUUGGAGUCAGGCUGGCUGUUAAGUUCAUAUUCCUGCUCGAAGCAUUUGUAGCACACAUUAGGUACAUACAUGUAAUGUAUAAUUUUAUUCUUUAGCAGUGCUAAAUGUUUGACCAAUAAUUUGCAUUGAUGAGAAUGAUACACUACAAGAACUAACAUUUUGUUUCGAAUCAUGAGAUGCCUUUCGGCAGACACAAAGAAUUCGGCAACUCUCUGAUAUGGGCACUUUGUGCAGAUCCUUUGGCAUCUGUUGUAGAUUAAGUUGACUUGACUGUGUUCUGUACACCUUCCGAAGAAAUCUCAAAAGCCAUUUUUCUGUUCACUAAGCUUAAGUAUUUUUUUACACGUCUACCAUUGCACUCAAAUGACUGAGAUUUUGUUGUAUUAUUGAUGAUGGGUUUUGCCUAUAGAUUUAACAGUCAGUCAGGUGACAGAUUUUCCUGCCAUAUCAUUUUGUAGGACGAGGUUAAGGUCUAGCUGUUAAACUGCUAGUUUCUCCUUGCAAACUACAAUAAGCUUUUUUGACAAACAAAGGGAGAAUUUAGCUUGAGAUCAACAGUUCUCACCAAGGAGUUUAUUCCAUACACUGUGCUCAUACCUGCCAUUUGCAUGAAGAUUAUUUUCAUGUACACUCUAAAACCUGCACCCUUUUCAAUCUUUCGCUCCCAGAAGUUGUCAAAGAGAUAGGUCUACAAUUUACCAUGUGAAAAUAGUACUGAUGACAAUUCCUUUGCAUGAAUAGUAAAACCAUAGGAUUAUGUCCACACAGUCAGAAGUUAGAAGUGCAAACUUAAUCCAUUUAUAGUACCACAUGAAAUUACUGAAGAAGGGUUUUCAUUUAAGCGGUAGUACCAUGGUAUUUCAUCCAGACUCCAGAGUUAGAAGAUGCCAUCAAUCUGGGAGUCGAAAUUCAGAUUUAAACAAAGAUAUAGGACAAGUAUCUUGUAAAGUUUGUACUAUUAAAACUGCAUGCGUAUUGUAGUGUAUUAGGCAGUUUUUUUACUUUUGAUUAACCCUUUAAGCCUGGCCAGAGAGUGUCCUCUAGCUAGAGUAUUAUAGAAAUGUGUGGAGAAUUUGCAAGUUGAUAUAAGGGCUUAUGGGGUUGAGCAAUAAUUUGGAAUGUCCAUAGAAAGUGUGAAGCUAGCACAACUACGAUGCAAUUGUGCAUUUUCAUCUGGAGAUUAGCUAGAAAAAUUACUAUUUUAUGUUGCUGCAAAAGACUGGAAAUGAUAUGAAAUGAUAAUGUAAUGGUUUUACUCCAUGAAUAAAGAAAACCAAACUACAAAACUGUGGUUGUUAAUUGUUAUUAUAAAUAACUAAAUUUUCCCUUGUUUCCCUCACCAUGGUCAUCAAAUCAUUAAAUUUUAAAAGUUUCCAAAAGAAAGCCUGUACUUGGUUCUGUGAAACAGUUGAUAUGAUUUUUAUGUUUUUCCCUAAAUCAUGAAUUCCCUUUUUUUAAAGAAAAAAGAAUUCUCAGGUGACACAAACUACUUUGUUUUAAGGAAGUCGGUCUUCUUAGAGUAAACACAGUUAUUCUGUUUCAUAGCCUGAAUUUCAUCCGUCCCUCCUUUUGGGAGCUUACGGCCUCACGGGGACAGCUGAAAUUCAGGCUUUUUUUAAAAGUCCUUCAAAGUUUCUGGUCCUCCCUCUGAUAGCUUUCAUCAGAAUCGUCAUGGUUGUUCCAUAUUUUAAAAGGCCUAAACCACAGUUAAAGCUCUCCUUGCGACCACUCAUGUGAGUGACCAGCUCUAGUUAAAACCUCCUUUGUGAAACCCCAUUUGAUCUGUGACUUAAAAUUCUGUAAUGAAAAG